AUGGAGUUCUCAAACACAAAGCCUCACGUUGCCUUACUAUCCUCCCCGGCUCACCGUACGCCUAUGGUUGAGCUGGGAAAACGCCUCGUCACUUACCAAAACGUGAAAGUAACAAUCUUUGUCACAUCUUUUCUUGGAUCUGCAGCAACAAUAUCACGGAUGGUGCAAUCUGCUCAAUGUGAAAAGCUCUUUGAUGUCAUCCAACUGCCUCCAGCAGACAUUUCUGGCCUUAUUAGCCCUGGCCAGAUGGGAGUCGCGUCGCUUCCAGCAGUGGUUCGUGUUAGCGAGCCAGCUUUCCGGUCUGCAAUAUCUGCGUUGGAGACUCCUCCAACUGCUGUCGUUGUUCAUGUUUAUGCAGUUGAUUGCUUAGCGAUUGCUGAUGACCUUAAGAUUCCUAAAUUUGUUUACAUGAGCUCUCAUGCAUGGUAUCUCGCGUUAUUCUUAUAUGUUCCAAUAUUAGAUAAGAAUGCGGGAGGAGAGUUUCGCGAUGAUGAUCAGAAGGAACCAUUUGUUCUUCCAGGUUGCACCCCGGUUCGACCAGAAGAUUUGCCAGAUCCUAUGUUGGUCCAAACUAAAAAUAAUUAUCUUGAGCUCAUACGUAUGGCUACAGUGAUUCCAAAGGCUGAUGGAAUUUUGGUGAAUACAUGGGAGGAGCUGCAGCCCACAACCCUAGCAGCUCUGAGGGAUGAUAAGCUCUUGGGAAGUGUUGCCAAGGCACCAAUUUUCCCCGUCGGCCCAGUGACCGCAGAAGGAGCUGUCGGAUCAAAGAGCGAGCUAUCUGAGUGGCUGGACAAGCAGCCAAAUGAAUCUGUGCUGUAUAUUUCUUUUGGAAGCAUGGGAGUGCUAUCACUCGAGCAAAUGACAGAACUGGCUUGGGGUUUAGAGUUAAGCCAACAAAGGUUUAUUUGGGUAGUGCGUCCACCCACAACAAAAACUGGAAUUGGGUCCGAUCCCAAGUUUGGGUUCGACGUUAAUGAAACGUCGAGUUACUUAGCCGAAGGUUUCAUGUCUCGAACCCAUGGGAGGGGUCUGGUGGUUCCACAAUGGGCUCCGCAGCAAUGGAUUGCCAAUGAUCGCUUGGCCGCUGUACGCUGA